AUGACAUCACAAAUGAUACAAGAAGAAAACGAGGAAGAUGUUAGUGAAUACGACCCAAACGUGAGAUGGGUCAACCCUCACCGUCUAGAUCUGAUGACGUUUAUUGGCAAGGACGUGUUCGUUGUCGCACACGACAUUUACAUUAUAUUCUUCAACUACAGAAUGAAUACUGAAAUUGUUUAUGUUGCUAACGACCAGGCUAAAGGCGAUGGCGUUGACGCUUUGGCUGGUCAUCGAUCCUUAAUGUUCGCCUUCGCAGAGAAGUCGAAGAACCCCAGAAUACUUAUAAUGACGUAUCCUAAAUUCUUUCUAUUGGCCGAACUGAGAGACCCGGAUGCAAAAAGAUACAAGGCAGUUUGCAUGAUGGAGAGUGACCUGAUCGCUGGGUUCAGCGGCUUCCCAAACUACGUGCUCAGCAUCUGGUGUUGGCGUACCAACAAUCGUCUCAUCAGCGUGGAGACCGGCCCCGUACGGCGCAAUCAGAUCUACAUGGCUAGCCGCACGCAUAUGCUGCUAUGCCAGUGCUGGGGCGCCGGCCUCAUCGUGUGGGAAGUAGCGCGCUGCUACAAGAAGUGCUUCCUGAUGAAGAGGGCCAAAGAGGAGGUGCAAGAGUGGGAGGCCACGGAGCCGGUCCUCGUCGACAUCUGCUGGAGUCUCGAAGGGCAGCUUUAUGCUAUUGAUGCUAGGGCUAAUUUGUAUAAUAUGGGUUCAGACGGUAUAGCCAUGAUCAGAACACUGGAGUGGUCAGAGAAAUUGGAAGGGGAACGAAAGACCAGUAUCUGUUCCUUCCUCAAUGGUUUACUCAUUUACGGACCUGAUAAUAACUUGCGGUUCUUACGCAAACAAAAAGACGGGAAGACAUGGAAGGCGGAAUGGACGUUCGUUCCGGAAGAGGACGUGGAGCGCCUGGUCAGCAACUCAUUCUGUGACAUGGCCACCAUGUGGACACAUAACGGCUUCGUCUAUAAGAUCAUGGCGGAUUCUGAAGACAAGAUCGAAGUGGUUUUGUUCACCGUCAAACAAAGGAAUAUUACUAAGGUCCAGCUGCUAGCGCCUGAUGCCAAAUACGCCGCAUUGAUGAACGAUUCCGGAAUAUUAUGCAUCUUCAAGACCUACGAUCAGAAAUAUGUCUUCAUGAAAAUAAUUAAGGGUGUCGACGUAUCAUUUCAAGCGAGUCCAGUAGAACCAUUGUUAGCAAUCUUCGGUGACCUACAAGGCAACUUCGGUAUAGUUCUGCGGACUUUUGACCUUGAGAAGGGUCUGAAGAAACAGUCCCAUAUGAGUCUGACGCAUCAGAUAGUGUCGCUGGUGGCGUUUUCUCCCGACGGAAGAUUUUUAGUCGCCGCCGCUAUGUCGGCUGGACAUAUCUUUAUUUUUAAGAUAUCCGAAGACUACAAACUGAACUUGAUGCGCUACACGGAGCUGGGCCGAGGUUUGGCAGACUGUUUCCUCAUGAAGGUCGGAAACGACAUGCGCUGCUUCAGUCUCGUACUCUUCUCCGAGAAAUAUAGCAUUGGGGAGCGCAUAAUCUGCGUGAACGCUGAAACGGGCAAGGACAACAAGUUUGCUGGCAAGAUGCAGGGUCCGUACUCCCGGCUGCUGCCGCUCAGCACCAAGGACACUAUGCUCGCCAUCCCGCAUCUCAGCAAGCAGAUGCACGUGCUCAAGCUGUCUGGAGACAAAGGCAUGACUGUAUCCGUAAAGAUGGGUCCCAUCAUCGACUCUGGUCACGAUAUCAAGCAGUUCGAUGGCUACCGGAGCGCGAACGCGCUGCUGACCUUCGGUUACGAUGGCACCGUCAUACUAAGGCCGCCGAAUGCCCCUGAUUCAUAUGACGUGAAGCUGACAGUGACGCACCGCUACUGCGGCGGUAUCAAAUCCGCCGUAACGGACGCGGAGGGACGCAUGGUGCUGCACGUGAGCGCGGGCGGCACCAUGGCGCUGACGCCGCUGCACCGCCGACGCCACACCGACAUGCCGCACACGCCGCCCCCACCUGUCGUCUACGACUAUCGGAACAAACCCAUCAAUAUUAUAUAUCCUACUGAUAAGAACUACCUGGAUGUACAAGAAGAUAAGAAAGUACACGAAGAAUCUAUGGAUUAUAAACGUCAACGGGACGAAGUUCUCAAAGUGUUCGAUUCUUUGCAACACAAGCUGGUCACCCUUUUGGAAGAGAAUCUGAACGAGCGACCGCUGCAUCAGCUCUCUCUGUCUGAGUUCAACUUGCAUCAGGAAGCGAAGAAAGAGAGACUCAAAGCGGCCGAGAAGGAACGUGAAGAGAUCCGUCUGAUGACAGAAGCCCGCAUCCGCGCACAAGACAAAGUGACGGCGUGGAUCAAGAAGACGUGCUGGGAUACCAUGCUGAAGCCGAGGGUCAAGCUCUUCGCUAUAUUCAGUCAUUAUCAUGUGGAGAGUUUCGCAAUCCUACCGUCACAACGCGAUGCGUGGCCCGAACUCAAGCAGAUCGAGGCACUGCGAACCAUAGAGAUGGAGAACGAUCACGACCUGUUCCGACCCUGGGUGGAACACUCCCUGGAUGAUGCAACGUUACCCGCGCAAUCUGCGGUCAUCUCUGCUGCCAGUGUUGGCGGAAAUCGCAGCAACCAGCAGCAAGAAUCGGCGAACUCGUUCCGCGAGGCGCGGCGCAGCGUGGACAGCGCGGCGGACGUGGCGGUGGACGUGGCCGUGCAGCCGCACGUGCUCAGCGGCACCAACGCGCACCGCCUCGUGCCGCUGCCGCCCUACAUGCUGCCGCAGACGCAGGCCUUCAGCUUCCUGCAGAUGAACUGGCUCUACCACAUCGUCAAGUUGAACACUCAAAACGUGCGGUUCUGGUUCAACAAGCAGUUUGACGAGCUGAUGGUCCUGAAGAAGAGAGAGGUGAGCCUCGUCGCUGAGAGAAACUCGAGGCUACGCUUCAUCAUUGAAGAGCUCAAUAAGCUGUCUGAUUUGCGAGGCAGCUUUCAUCAUCUCAAGAUAGAAAUCAAAGAUCCAGAGUGGAGACAAGAGGAACACGUGGAGAAACUUAUCAAAGUGGAACCUGAAGAGUGUUCGAUCGAGCCGUACAUAAGCCCGAGCCAGAUAGUGAUAGUACCCCCAGACCCGGGGCCCAAGGACGACUUCCGCGAGAGAGCACUCAUGGAGAUGAUGGACGGAGUGCUCGAGAAGCUGUGGCACGAGGAGAUCAAGAAACCCAUACCGAUGCCGCAGUGCAUGCUGGACAAAGAACCAGAGAACUUCAACGAAGACGAUCUCCGUUUAGUUUUCGACUACGAAGCGAAAGUCGCGUUCCGCAACGAAGAGCGCGACAAGUACCGCAAGAUGUUACACGCCGAGUACGCCAAGCUCUCGCAAGUGCUCAACGAGGGCAUCGUCAAGUUUAACCAGAAGGUGAGAGAGACGUGGUUAACAAAACUGAAAGUGGACUCUGUGAUUGGUCAAGAAAAUCUCAAUCUAAUGCGCCUACGCAGAACCAACCUGGACAGGAUUGAAAUGGCUGAGAAAAUAGAGUCUAUGAGGGAGGAUAUAGCUCACUUCGAGCGCGAGGUGGAAGAGCUGAAUGUGGAACUGCAAGCCAUACAGGAGCAAAGUACUGACUGCCAGGCCGCGUACGAGGUGCUCGUGGCUAAGGACAAGACCAUGGAGAAGACCUUCAAGAACCACUUCCCUGAUCUAUCGCCGAUCAUUAUAGAACAGGCCUACAAGUUCUUCAAGAAGCGUCCGAAGUGGCACCAGCGCGCGACGCUGACGCCGGUGGUGCUGUACGAGCUGGCGCAUGCCGUCGCAUCCGGCGUCCGCCCGCUGCUGCUGCAUCCUGACUGCGUCGACUUCCUCAAGGGGAUGGAGCAAUUGGAGCAGAUCAGCAACAUGCCAACAGUAAUGGACGAACACAUAUGGACCACCAUGAACAAGUUAAGAAGGUUCAAGACUGAGAACGAACUUAGGAUUCGAGCAUUGGUCCAAGAGAUGACGUACGUGGACAGCGCUCAGAAUGUGUGGAGCAAGGCCAUCCAGGCGCGGCGCAGCUACCUCGCCACCUGCCACGCCAAGAUCCUGCUGCACCGGGAGAACGUCGAGCUCGACGCCAGGAACAAAACUAUACAGUUGGUGCUGCCAGCGGGACAGGUGGAGAUUGUGACCACUGGUCACAUGGAAGACUUUGACGACGCAACACUCAUCCCUAAAGAGGAUAUCGAAAAGAUUAACAACCUCAUACUGAAAGUGGGCGCCAUGAAGCUUCGCAUGAUGCGCAAACAGAUGGAUUUCCGCAAGGGUAUCCUGUCCAAGGAAUGGGAGCACGCGCAGAUGAAGAUGAAGCUGCGACACAUGCAGCAGGAACUCUAUUCCUACCAGAGGCUCAGGAUCCCGAAAGAGUUGCAGCUGUACCUGAAGAACAAGGAGCUGGGCUACACGGACGAGCAGGACUACGUGCGCAUGGAGAAGGAGAACGAGGCCUCCAAGGUGGCCGUCAACAAGAUCCUCAACGAGCAGAUACACCGCGCUGGAGAACUUGAGCUAAAACUGUUAGGCAUAGAAGCAGCAGCCGCCAAGGUAGAGAAGUUGAUAACGAAGCUCAACGUGCAGGUGUCGGAGAAGAGACUCAACGAGGACGCGCUCGAGCCCAUUCGGAUCCGACGAGUUUUUAAGAAGAGGAUGGAGACGCUGGUGAUGCGCAGUCGUCUGAUCCGCGACGUGCAAGCGAACCACUCCACCAUCGUCAUGCUGCAGACUGAACUCGAACUGCUGCGGCUCAAGACCUACCCUACGCUUGCUAGCUUCCGCACAUAUUGAGCCUCUUGUACUAUUGCACCUGUUCACCCAUUGAAACUAUAGCUAGGUACGUCAAAACUGUUCUUAGACUAGUGUUCAACCAUACUGUCAUUUAGCCGCUGAAUGUGAGCGAACGUAACGCAAUUUAUUGUAUUUCCAUACAUAUUCACUUUUACAUUCGCAACUAACCGAACCGACGAUAUGUUAUGCAUAAUAUGCAUAUACGCUGACAUUCGUUGAAUGACAAUCUGUUUGGCUUGAACACAGCCUUAUAUUUGGGACUUAACAGUAGUGCGCUAAAGAUAUUUCUAAAGGCAUUGACUGGUGUGUUAGAAUAUUCUCGCAAUUUUGUGGAAUUAAAUAAAAUCCAAAGAGAUGGCAGAAUUUGUGCUGCAUUUUUUGUUAUAUUUGCAUGUGUGUUUUGUAUUAUGUUAUUUUUUAUUAGUUUGUUAAUUAUGAAUAUGUACUGUUAAUUCUACUCACCUAGAUGUACCUAUUUUUAAUUAUUAAUGUAUUUACUAUUUAUAUGUUACUUAAUAAAAUUAUUUAAAUAAAAAUCAAAAUCUUA